AUGUGGUGAUAUUGCAUUUAAUUUUCCAGUAAUUUGACUUUCAAAAGACAGAGUAAGCGUGAAUAUAAUAAAUCGUUGUAGACCGUGAUAUUAUGACCCGAUGUCCGCAGUUGUCAUGGAGCACAACUGAAGUCAGUCUCUAUUGAACGCAGAACAGACAAACAGAUUGUAAAUGACAUGAGCCAUUAUGACUGAGGACUCUAUAUCGGAUGAAUCAUCGAUUGCCAAGAGCGAACAUGCUCCGGAUAUAACACAAGAUAUCGAAAAUUCGAACCUACAGUCAUCGAAAAUGAUAAAUUCCAAUGCCGCUGAUUGCCUCGACAGCCGCCGACCUGACGACAACAUAUCAGCGAAAAAGUCGAAACAAAAUCCGGACCGGCCGCUGUCCAAAACAUUUGAAGGGUUUCGCAGCAGUGAGAAUUUUAUAAAUACUCCAGAUCUUGAAAUUUGCGAAAACAUUACCGAGAAUACAAGUCGUCGAGACGAAGCUAAUCUUAUGGAAGCCGUGCAAGCGGAAAGAUGCUUUGCCUCUAAUCCGAUUCGCCGUUCAACCGAUUAUCACAACACGAUAAAUGACUCGAGAAAUAGACUUGUGCCUGAUAUACGAACAACAAGUAGAUGCAGUAAAUGUUCUAAAAGAUCCAGAGAGUCUAUGGAAUCAAACACGAAGGAUAGUCCAACGAAAGUAUUCAGAAGCAUACGGACUUUCGUCAUAUGUUUAUCGAUGCUUCAACUGGUUCAAGUGAUGGGGAGUGGAUACAGCAAAAGUGCGUUGACAUCUAUAGAACGUCGAUACCGAUUAAGUACAUUUUCUGUAGGAAUUUUGCAAAGUUGUUUUCACGUUGGAAAUCUAAGUGUUAUUUUGUUUGUCAGUUACUUCGGAUCAAAGUGGAACAGGCCCCGUGCAAUUGCGAUUGGAUCUCUCAUAAUGGCGGUUUCCAGUUUUCUAUCUGCGAUGCCACAAUUUGUUGGAUCCAGAUACAACAUAGGAGAAGCCGCUACUUUAGAAAAUAUACAGCCGAGCAUAAGCUCCCGAGUUUAUAUGAAAGAAGUAUUAAACAGUUUUUUGAACGAGACUUCUGAACCACCGCUACCUCCAGUCGAUGAUCAGGCCACGCCGGAUAACUGGAGAAAUAGGAGUCCAUUAUCGUUAUUAUCACUCAGAAAAACAAAAACAAAACUGUGUGUGCCAAAAAAACCUAUUCGGAAACUUACUGAGUUGUCUAAGACAUUGAACAUCGGAGAAUUGAGUCCUAAAAAAUUCUUGCAGUAUUCAGUCGAAAAAGUGGCGAACAUGAAAGGGAGCGAACAACCGCAACAACUGAGAGAGGAAUUAAACAAGUAUCAAAGCGAGAUUACUGACAAAACGGAACAAGAUGAUUAUUGGGACGAUUCAUCAUUAUAUGUGUUUAUUGCUAUUGGCAGCGUUUUAAAGGGAAUGGGUCAUUCGCCUCUUCAUCCAUUGGGAAUGUCAUUUGUAGACGACUUUGCGACACCAAGGAAUUCAGCUGUGUAUAUCGGUGUUGUGUCAGCUUUAUCACUGCUCGGACCAGCCUUCGGUUUCAUUCUAGGAUCUCUUACCACUGGAACAUGGGUGGACUGGGGAUGGGUAGAUGUAUCAAAAAUACAGAUUGGACCCCAUCACCCCCUUUGGGUCGGGGCAUGGUGGGUCGGAUACGUCGUCACAGCAUGCUUGCUACUUAUUGCAACAAUACCUUUCUGCUUAUUCCCUAGAGUGAUGCCAAAAGAAGAAGACGAAGAAGAAACUACAGACCAUUCGUAUGUUACGUGUUUCCGACGGUGCUAUACUGACCAAUCAAGUUCGAGCAUAGAUGAUCAAUCAGAUAUGGAAUCCAUUAACUCCAAAUCAGAGGACAAGUUUAACAAAGUCAUGGAGGACGAUAUCUGCUGUUGCAAAAUUGUGAUAAAUGAGAAUCAUUUAGAAAACGAAAAUAGCGAAGUACAAACAUCAAAAAGUGCAUUCCAGACCUGGGACGACCAAUUGAAAUAUGUAAUAAAAGACGACACAUACUUAGAAGCAGAGACUGGAUUUACAGAUAAUUUUGACAAAGCCAAGGCUUCGAGACUGAUAAGUUAUCUUGAGAAACCAAAAGAUGGCCACGUCGACAUUCGUAGUGACGUUACUACCUCUAAAAACUUAAUUCCUUUUAGUUACAGUGAAAUGAAAUUUCCAUCAUCAAGUCGCCAUUCUAUCGUUUCACAAACUUUUGCGAUGAAAAAAUCAUUUUCGAUGCCAAAUGAUGGCCAUAAAAACUUUUCCCAAUUGCAAUCCAAAGUUUUUAAUUGCAAAAAGAAGUCCGAUGCUAAUACAAAGUUGAAUGUUUCACGCCGACCAAGCCGAAUGGAAAAACUAGCACUGUUCGAUUUCACAACCAGCCUCAAAGGACUCCUGACUGAUGUUGUUUUCUUGAGCAUAACUUUAGCAUUUGUUUGCCUGACAAGCUUUCUUGCCGCAUCCGUCACUUAUGUAUCAAAAUAUAUGGAAACACAAUUUAGUGUCACUGCGUCAUUUGCCAACCUGCUGAAUGGUUCUAUUAAUCUACCGAUGGCUGUGGUUGGAAAUCUUCUUGGUGGUUGGUUGAUUCGUCGAUUCAAUUUGAACGUUAGGCGGGCAAUGGCGGUCGUUGUUACUGGACUUGCAAUGACAAUCGUUUGUGUGGCGACAUUGCUAUUUUUCAAAUGUAGUCAAGGAACCACUGUGGAAUAUUCAAUGGAUGUAGAUAGUAGCAAGUGCUCGUCGGAUUGCAACUGCGACGAACAAUACGCACCGGUUUGUGAUGUCACAACCAACGUAACGUACAGAUCCCCUUGUCACGCAGGGUGCGUUGACGUAAGAUCUUGGAGAAAAACUGAGGUUUAUUCUGGAUGUCAAUGCGUCAACGGAAAAAAGAAUUUGAAAUCAAACCAAUCAUCAUCGAACAUUGAAGACACGCCUACCCCUGUACGCAAAUGGGGUUCAGAAGGAGCGAUUUUAUUUCGUGGUCCGUGCCAUCGACCUGACUGCUCGAAAUCGCAUCUUCCAGUUUUCUUGGGCGUGAUGGGAACGGCGAGUCUAACUGCUGGUCUUGCUUCAACUCCAUCUACUUUAGUUAUUUUGCGCAUUGUACCUCCAGCAGAAAAGGCUUUUGCUAUCGGUAUUGUAUUUGUCUUUACGAGAAUCCUUGCCUGGAUUCCAGCUCCUGUAUACGUCGGAUACGUAAUCGACUCCUCCUGUUUACGAUGGUCUUAUCCGGGAAGAAUACCUCAUCAGGAAGACGUGAAAAGCACUACAGGAAACGAUGAAAGAAAUCAUUGCGAGAUUUACGACAAGGACCGUCUUCGAAGAAACUUUUUUGCUGUCACAGGAGGACUCCUAGUGUUGAGUUUGUUAUUUUACAUACUUGCUCUUUAUUUACAAACUCGCCGUGCAAGAAGGAAGAAAUUUGAAACAGAGAAUAAGGAAUUAAGUUUUAAUUCACCGCUGAUGGAACCGGAUGUAGCUUUUACCCAAGUCGUAAAAUCUCCAUCAUUAUGUCAACAAGAUGUUAUCAAUCAUACAACUACAACGGACAUUUCAUUAGCGGCAAUAUAUGACGAACCAAGUCAAAACAUCGUUGAGAGUGUGAAAUGUACAGAAAGUUGUGCCGAUGCUACCUCCUCUCAUAACUGCCCCAAGUUAUCACCACAAGAUUCCACGUCUGAUAAUCACUUUGAAACACUGGCGUUACGUGAAAAAAUUACUUCGAGACCUGAACUCGAGCAAGAGAAUAGCGAUUUAUUAGAACCCGGGAAUCAGCAAGAUUAUAAUACACAUUUAUGGGUUUCUACUAAAGACAGUAAGCUAUCUAUGAUAACGUCGUCAGUUUCGGAGCCUCUAUUGUCAAAAAAUGCAUUUAUUACGACAGAAGGUAAUAAGACAUCAAACGUGGUGAGGGCAACAGCGGUUUGACAACCGCCAAUCUCCCGGAAGCGAAUAACUUGCCAAAUUUAAUAUUACUCAAUAUUCUAUUCUCUGUCUCACGUUUAUCAUUGUGAAUAGUUAAAUUCGUUAAUUAAUUGAUGGUAUUAUUUUUUUUCAUUUCUUCACCACAUCAAAAUACAUAAACUAAUGGCAAUGGUGCCAAAGAGCAAAACAUAGUCGGAAAAAUUCAAAUGACGUAUUCUGAAAAGCUGAAACUUGGAAAUCGGACGCUGCCCAAUGUACCGAGAUUCUUAACCGUAACCUAAAAUACUCUUCAAACUACAUAGACAAAGUACCCACUUAUUGAGCUCUAUCUUUUUUUUGCAUAUUGGCUAUAACUCUAAUUACCGAAAAAUUUUCUAUACGGGAAUUCAUUCCAUUCAAAUAUUAUUUGCCUGAUGGACAAAAGGCGGCUUUUUGUGGGUAUGAAAAAUAUGCAUCUAUAUUCCCUUCUUCAAAGUUGAUCAUUUGAUAC